AUUACAAAGAAAGAAUAGGAAAAAAAAAAUUAUGGGUUCCCUCAACCUUUGCUGCCACAGGGCUUUGCCCAAUGCCAGACUACUACCGUGUUCUUCUGCACUCAACAACAUUAUCACAAUCAAACCCCACCUUCUGUCUUCUUCAUCUUCUUCUUCUAUAUUUCAUCAUCACCGCCAUUUCUGUAACAGCCCAACAGCUGUUGCUUCGACAGCCAAACAACUCACAAGCCCAGAACUUGUUGCCUUGGAGUACGCCGACCUCAACCUCAACUACGACAAUGUUUCUCAGGAGGUAGGUCAUGUUCGAAUUCGGCAGCAUGUCAACCCUUUUGCUCCUUCUUUCUCAAUCCCUGCACCAGUGCCUAAUUGGUGUCAAGUCUUUAAAGAUUCCACACUGCCACUCAUGGUUGAUAUUGGAAGUGGUAGCGGCAGAUUUCUCAUGUGGCUUGCAAAAAGAAAUCCUGAUUCACAAAAUUAUUUGGGAUUGGAAAUAAGGCAGAAAUUGGCCAAGCGCGCUGAAUUCUGGGUGAAAGAGCUGUCUCUUCAUAACAUACAUUUCAUGUUUGCAAAUGCCACCAUUUCUUUCAAAGAAUUAGUAUCCGCUUACCCAGGGCCCCUGAUGUUGGUUUCACUACUGGUCUUGGCUCAUAUUCAUAUGCAGUGUCCAGAUCCUCAUUUCAAGAAGAGGCAUCAUAAGAGAAGAGUUGUCCAGAAGCCUUUAGUAGAUUCUAUCGUGAAGAAUUUGAUGCCUGGAGGACAGGUGUACAUGAUCAGUUACUUCUGUAACUCCUUGUACUAAUAAGCUGGUCUAUGGAGUAGAUGGAGUUGAAAUGGUGUUUGCAGAUACAUUUAACUUAAAAGAGUCAGGGACUCGGAGUUGAGGAACAUGUUGGGACUUGCAGAACUUGGCAUGGAGUCUCUUGCUUUGGUAGCUCCUUCUUGUUCAGUCAGUCUUUGACAUUAAAUCCAGAGUGGCAUGUCCAGCCUUUCCCUUUCAUAAUUGAAUAAUCUUAACAUUUCCAAUGCAAAGUAUCAGGGCUAGAUGAGUCCUAUACAGUCUAGAAAUGAUCAUUGUGAUGCCUUGCAUUUAUGGUUAUGAAACAGGAUAUUCAACAUUAGAUUCCUUAAUGUGAAGAGCUGGAAGAUUUCUUUUUGCUUGUACCAGCAUUUAUUUACCUUAAAGUCGAGAAACAUUGGAAUAAGAGCCCCUCUUUCUGUGGGGAGAUGAUAAAAAAUAUAUUCAUGUUUAUGCUAAAAAACUGUGUAGCGUUCGUCUUUCUCAACUCUCUUUUGUCCUGUCACUUGAAAGUGUGAUCUGUGAAUCUUCUGUUAAAUGUGAAAGUCCAGCACUGAAAUUGACUAUGUGACCAUGAACCAAUAAAUUUCUUCUUCCUCUACUACACUCUUCUGGAAGCAACUACAUUUUGCUGCAGAUGGUAGGAAAAUUUCUUUCUGAUGAUCUGUCUAAUAGAAAACCCUCACCAGCAUUGCUGCUUUUGUUCUUUGAUACAUAGUAGGUGUUCAUUAUGUGGUUCAUGGUU